AUGGCUCAGUACAACACCAAGAUUUCCGACAUCCCCAAUCCUCCAUCCGACACGGUUUCGGAGGUGGCAUUCAGCCAGAUGCACGGCCUGAUGGCUGCAUCCAGCUGGGAUGGCACUGUCCGAACAUAUGACCUGGAAAAUCUAUACAGUCCAAAUACCAGUGUUGUGAAUCUGAACAAGCCUCUUCUUACUUGUUGCUUCAGCAAGGAGACACCUUCGCUAGCUUUUGCAGGCGCUGCAGACGGAAGCCUCCAAAUAGUGGAUCUGCAAACCAGCCAGGUGUCGUCCUUCCAAGCACAUAAUGCAGGAGUCAGGUCUGUAAGGUGCUUUUCGAACAUGCUGGUCACCGGAUCGUGGGAUAAAACGGUCAAGUUUUGGGAUACCCGGUCCUCAAAGCUUGUGUUUUCUCUGGAUCUCCCAGGGAAAGUCUAUGCCAUGGACCUUGAGAAGGAAAUGCUUGCCAUGUCUCUUUCCGGAAAUGAGGUAGCAACAUACAAUCUGAACGACAUAAACCAAAAGAAAACGCAUGCAUCCAAGCUGAACUGGAUGAUUAGGUCUAUUGCCUGUGCCCAGGACAAUGAGACCUUUGCGCUGGGGGGGAUAGAAGGAAAGGCAGAGAUAUUCAACAUCAACUCUCCUGUGAAGAAGAUGAUCUUUAGAUGCCACAGGGUUGACAACAAGGUCUAUGCCGUCAAUUCUGUAUCAUUCCUACCUACUAAUCACAACAUAUUGGUUACUGCAGGCGGCGAUGGCACCAUCGUAUUUUUUGAUGCACAGGCAAGAAUGAAAAUAUUUACCCAGACAGAGAGCCAGCCUGUAACAUGCGGUAGAUUCAAUACCAGCGGAAGCUAUUAUGUCUAUGCCACCGGGAAUGAUUGGUCUGCAGGAUACGUGACAACAUACAGGCCUACGCAACUUAGAGCUAUCCAGGUUAGCACCACGGGCGUAAAAAUAUGA